CUCGUGGUGGCGGUAGAAGAAGACCAAGGGAGCUCGUGAAGGACGUCGUUCCUGACCGACUCGGCAGCCUUGUGCUCGGUUUUUCCUUGGGUAACUGCCCCGAACCGCGGCCCUCUCCUCGGAUCCAGCGAGCUCAGAAUCGACAGGGUUUGCUUGCAUCCGACGCACCAGCGGAGUUUCUUCUAUGGCGACACGGCUCGGAGCAGUGCAGUCUCGGCAGACGUCAAACACUGUCGACAGCGUCGACGUCAACGAGUUCACGCGCUGGGUGGUCGCCACGGCCAUAGCCCUCCUCCUACUCGCUCUCAUCACGGGCCUCGCCUUCCUCAUCGACAGUAUGUUGCGGCAGACGAGCAGCGACCGGUACCAGACUGACGUUCCGCUUCCGGUUCCAGCCAAGCACCUGCUCAGCUCGGUGACCUGCAACUCGACGCUCUGCCGGCGCUACUCGGAGCUCAUCGCAUCCUGCGCCGGACACGGUGGAGGAUCACCCUGCGAUGGUCUGUCCCACUUUGUGUGUGGCGAGGGAGUGUGCUACGGCCGGCCGUUCGAGGGCCUUCUCAGGGGCUACCUGCGGGCUCUAGCGGCCGACGCUCUCGCCUUGUGGCAUGGGACGCAGCGCACUUCGCAGUGGCCCGCCGUGGAUCGCGCCGCCAAUCUUUACAAAGAAUGCCGUGAAAUUGCGGAGAACGAUGACAUCGACUCGUCAACGAGCGUUCUCGAAAGCGUCAGCGCCAGCGAACUUAGCUCCCUCAUCGGUACAAACGAGACCGCGGGUGAACUGGCGACGCGACUUGCAGCCCGUUAUCAGGAUGGCGCGUUCUUCUGGCUUGACACGGUGGCAGCUGGGCGCGGAGAAUCGAAGUGGCGCCUACUAGUCAAGGGAAACGGGCUUUUCGCGCGACAUGCCGAGAACCGGGAUUCGUCGGCAGGCCAUCGAAGACGACGACGACACGCGGCAGCCCACGGCCAAGGUGCCACCGAUUCGUUAGACAACAUCGACGCGACGGACGUCUUGACCGGCAUGGACAACGUGCACGCCUACUGGAAGGAAGCGGGAAACCUACUGGUUUACAACCCUGAGGUGUUCACAUUGGCGGAACUCGAUCAGUAUGGACUGAGCUCGGCGAUUCUGGUUGCGGAACUCAACCGGUACGGCGGCACGGCUUUCGGAUCGAACACCAUCGUCGAGUUAGCCAACAGCGCGUUGCUUCCAUUCCUAAGCAAGGUGUUCGCGCUGAAGAACGUCAAAGCCUACCUCGCCUGGGAGUUUCUCCGCCACCGACGGGCGUGCUUCGCUUCGUCCCGCUUCCAGGAGAGGACGCUCGCCGACAGCUGCUUCGACUGCGUCGAGCGCGUGGCGGGACUGGCCGCGCACGCGCCGUUUCUGCGCACCAGCAGUGAGGACGAGUCUCGGGCCAAGGUCAAAAUCUUCCUUACCCAAAUGAAGACUUUCGUCGCGAGCGCAGUGGGAGAGGCCAAGUGGUUGUCGCCGACAGAGCAAGUGCUGAUGAACGACCGCCUCUUCAAGUUCCACUUCGCACGCGGGGUGCCGGCGCGAAAGAACGGCAUAGCGCUCCUCAACGACCACUACUCUUACCUGCCUGCCGUGUCGGGCGAUUUCGCGCGUGACUUUGACGCGGCCGCGCACGCCGCCUGGAACGCUUCGCUGGGGCGCACGUCGGACUCGCUGUUGCCCAUGCUCUCGGCGUUUCCCAACGUCCUCACCGGUUACGACAUGGCGUACAUCCCUGCCGUGCUGCUGGUCCCGCCACUCUUCAGUUACAGAGACACCGAACACCCCAACUUCGGAUUUCUAGGCAUGGCCCUCAUGAGGUCCCUGGCCCACAACUUGGUUCUCACGGGUCUCCAGAAGAAUCCGGAUCGCAAACAUGCGGACAAGUUGGCGGGUUACCUGGAAAUUUUGGGUGGCUGUCUCCGGCUUAACCGAUCCUCCACGCAAGCAUACGCAUCACGGAUAGCGGAUGUGUUCGCCCUGCGGGAAACGGUGCGUGCUUUUUUCGAAGGCCACAUGGAGAAACCCAGAGACAGAGCCGAGGCACACAAUGUGUUCCUUGAUGCCUGUGUGCUGAUGUGCACGGACAAAGACCCUCAUCGAUGCGACACUCCUGCCGGACAGGCCGACGAGUUUGAAGCUGCCUUCUCGUGUUCGUACCCGGCGGCAAUGAAGAAGGCAACCAAAUGCCCGUUGUCGUGAACGCACGAGAUGCGUUGAGGGAUGCUCGCGCGCGACGUUUAGCACGAAAAGCGGUGCCUUACGGGCUCAAUGUUGUUUAGUUUGUGUUUAGUUCAAUUUUUUUACUACAUUAUUUUCUGAAAUUUGUUUUGCUUAGCGCAGCACACACGAUAAUGAUAUUAUUUUACUUUGAUGCUAUGAAAUUGCACUGCAAGUUUGUGUGCCAAAGCUGUAAAUAUGACACAGAACCGGUACCACGAGAAAAUUGUGGGGGUCAAGCAGAGAGCCUGGAGAUGUCAGGGCUGCUUCUCUAGCAUAUUUUCCUUUAUGCUCCAUUUCCUGUAAACUGUGAAUAUUGAAUGAAUGGGCAGAAUGAGUUCAAUACUGCGAUCGAUGGAUUUUGUCUAAUGUGAGUUCAUUGGUGCCACUUCUGAAGAUUUAUUUUUAAAAAGUUGUCCCAUACAGAGAACCGUGACAGGCACGUGCGAUAAUAUUUUGUAGCUGUUGGUUUCCUCAGCAUGCAUGUCAAAUGUGAAAGGUGUCUAUGCUUACGAGUUCGACCGAAUUUUAAGACACCCCUUCACUUAUAGCAUUUUGCACAUUGGAAAUCCUUGAGGCAGAAUCAUUUGCCGCUUUUCCGGAAGCAGGUUUUCACGUAACAAUUCAAGACGCUUCAAACACGACAAGGACAAGUGUUCCAGGAGGAUAUUGAAAAACUAUGCGAAAUGCCUGUUGCGUAAAAUUCUUGAUUCUUGCGCGCAACUAUUUAUAUGUAUCGCGUUCAACGUGUUGUUGGAUUGGAGGAACAGUUUUCACCAAGAACAUCAACUGAAAAACAUGUUAGCCAGACGUACUCUAAAGUCGACCGCUAUUUCACGUGACAUCUCUCGUGAGGCCGGUUCAGUGUUUUACAGUUCGAAGCGGAUUCACAUAACUGUGCCAGAAUAAUCAGUUGUACUGAAUACACUUGUCUUUACAUGCUUAGACGUGUUGAUAUAUUUUUCAUGUACACGGGCAAUAAAAGAACUCUGACGCAGCGUCA